UAGUAAUUCUCAAUUGGCUGACUGCUCAUACGAACUUUCCUGUGAAUUACCAAGAUGCUAUAAAAGAUUUUAAAAAUAGCGUUACAGACUCAUAUAAUCAACUUGAGAAGAAGCAUAUAUUUAGACGAUUACAGCGCGAUGAACCGAUAAUCAAGGAAAGUUGGUCUAGUAUUCUAUAUAAUAUCAAGGGGUAUAAAGAGAUUUUAGAAAUAGAACAAAGAAUUAAAAAUAACCGAGAAAACCCCUGGCAAAAGAUGGUCAAGCAUAUUGUCAUGGUUGAAUUCAAAUCCGAUCAAAAAUAUUUGAUUGACUUUAAGAAACGAGUUUUACAAAAUCUCGAACGGUUUGAGAUAGAUGAUAUGAAAUCGGACCAUCUCAACGAACAAUACUAUUUGAUAGUUGAUGAUCCAAUCUCUUGUCCUUCUCCUGGUUCUCUCUCUGAUCAUGUUGUAGAUUGGCUUAAUAAUAAUGUCAAUAAUGCAGAAUACUCUCUAUUUGAAUGUGAUGAAGAAGAAUCUUGGCUUAAGGAAUUUAUAGAUGCUUUCAAAUAUAUACAAAAGAAAGUUGUGGGUAUUAGUAUUGAAAACAUGACAAAAACUGAAUGGUAUAUAGAUGUAUUAAAUCCGCUAUUAAAGGCUUUGGUUUCAGGCCUAAAAUAUAUGAAAUUUAAAAUAGAUGAAUCUUAUACGGAGUCAAGUCAACAAGCAAGCAAAGGGUCAAAGCCAUCAUCUAAUUCUUCAUCGGGCUCAAGCCGCAAUAGUAGACGCUCAUUGACCUCGGUAGCUAAUAAUAACGAAAAUACUUUAAAUAUAGCGCCUUCUAUUUAUGAGGAAUUAACAUUUGUUAAUUUGAGUGCAGAAAAUUUUAAUUUUGAUAAUAAUUAUUUCAGUAGAAGUAAUGGAAUACGUCCUGAUG